AUGUGUAACGAGAGUUGCAAUUUCUCAUCGCACAGAGAGUCAUUGAGAGAGAAGAUGAAAUCGUCGAUGUGUUGUUUCGGUUUGGCGGCUGCAGCGGCACAUAUCGGAGACGGAGACGGCUUCGAGCCGUUGGAGGAGGAGGCGAAGUCGUCGAGAUCUCCGAGAUCGCCUCACAUAAAAGAAAAGUGCAGGAACCUAACGGCCUGGAUCUGGAAAGGAGGCCACAAGCACCACGGCUUCUCCGAUUUUAGUUACGAUCCGAUGAGCUACGCACUGAAUUUCGAGGAUGAGUCGAGCCGAGCUGACGAGUUUCCUUUUGUCAACUUCUCGUCGCGGCUUCCUUCUACGCCGGAACGAUCACCGGUGAUCAAGCAAUUUGGCGAAACGCCGGUGCUGGUAAGGAGGGAAAUCUAUACGUACAGUUGA